GUUUCUUCCUUUCUUUUAGGCAUCUUCUUUUUUGCCCUUGUUCUCUUCUACCUGGCUCCCCAACUCAGAUUAGCAUAUCUUCUAUAUUGCCAUUGCCCAGCCAAUCGGUUUGGCUUUCCAUUGGGGCACUCUGUCCACAUGUCCCACUUCUGAGCUCGCUCUUCACGUACCACCACUACGACCCGAUCAGUCAGUCGACUCCCCAAACCGCAUACCGGCCAUCCCAUCUCUGCCCGCCGCCGCUUCGUCGGCCAGAGCCACCGCGCAUCAUGCCGAAGCAACGCACCAUCUUCGGCCGUCCGGUCCCCCGCUUCGGCACACGACGCAUUUCCUUCCUGCUCGUGAGCAUCUCCAUCUUCGCCGUCUUCUCCCUCCUCGUCACCCUGCCGAGCUCCAUCCCCUCCGGCCCGAGCCUCUCCAAGUACACCGACCACAAGUUCUCGAUCCCCUCGGCCAUCAAGAACCCCUUUGGUGCCUCGAGCCGCCUGAACCCCUUCAAGCCCCCCUCUCACCCGCCCCCGCGCCAGCAGAAUGACACCUUCGGCGAGUCCUCGUGGUGGGCCGACUGGAAGUGGCUCUCGGUGCCCUUCUCUUCCUCCCUGACCCUCGACGAGGAGCGCUCGCUGCUGCCACCUCUCAAGCCGCGCCCGCCCAUCUACUGCUACUACGAUACCACCAUCAAGAAGGACGCCGCCAGCAAGGACGCCGAGAGCGAGCUGCUCCUCCUCUGGCGCCGCGCCUGGUGGGCCCGCGGCUUCAAGCCCAUCAUACUCAGCGCCGCCGAGGCCAUGAAGAACCCGCUCUACGAGGAGUUCCAGCGCAGCAGCAAGGAGAUCGACCCAGACCUCAAGACCGACCUGAUGCGGUGGCUUGCCUGGGACAACAUGCGCGGCGGCCUGCUCGCCUACCACACCACCCUGCCUAUGGGCCCGCACGAGGACCCCCUCCUCUCCUAUCUCCGCCGCGGCGAGUACCCGCAGCUCACCCGCUGGAACAACAUGGGCAACGGCCUCUUCGCUGGUGGCGAGAAGGAGGUCAAUGCCGCCAUCAGGGCCACCAUGGGCAGCUCCAAGCUGAAGGACGCUAAAGACUUCGUCACCGCCGCCACCGAGGACACCUUCAAGAUCGACAACCAACCCAAGGCCAUUGCCUACUACGACUCGACCGUCAUCCAGGAAAAAUACCCCAAGGUCGCCGAGGCCAUUGCUGCCGACCGCGCGGGCGGCCUGCAGGUCCUCCGCAAACUCAUCAACGGUCAUCUGCACACGACCUGGCAGAACGUCUUCUCGGACGGCAUCGCCGUACUCAAGCCCCUGCCGCAGCACAUGACGCACAUGAUCAAGAACGCCUGGGACCUCGCCGGCGAUCUCUCCAUGUGCCCAGCCGACUCCCCCAUGCCCGGCUCCUGUCCGCCCAACAACGCAAAGUGCAAGCCCUGCGUCCCCGCGCAACCCAUGCAUGUCUCGACCCCUCCCCGAUACCGCAACACCUCAACCUUGUACACCAUCGGCACCGUGCCACACCCCUACACGACCGCGCUCCUUACAAACCUCCUGGACUCAAUCGAGAUCCCCUGGAUCCGCCGCAAGUCGGAGCGCGAUGUUUGGCUCGCCGCCGUCACGGCCGAGCUCCUCGGCGCCGGCGUCGGCGGCGCACCUCGCGUUCUGAAGUUCAAGGAAGCCAUCGCCAGCGAGUUUGCCACCGCCCACUCGCUCUGGCUCACUGCGGAAAGGGACCUUCCCAAGGACCUCGACUGGCACUUCGGCUUCGCCAUCCCCCGCAACGCCACGGACGGCACCUCCGAGACACCCGUCCCGGGCCCCGAGCGCCGCCCGCAGCCUAAGCACGACCCGGCCGACGGGCCCAUCCCCAGCCCGCAAGAGCUCGACAGGGAGCCGACCCUGCUCAAGAGGGCGCGCGAAAUGGGCAAGACCAAGGACAAGCACGAGCUCGCCGUCCGAGGGGCGAUAGAGUCAUGGAACCUGGCCGACACCGAGGCGUGGAAGUUUGCGCGGGCCUUUUUAGCACGCCGCAUCGUCGAGCGCAAGGAGUGGGAGGACAACGAGAGCCACUACGCCGGCGGCGUCGGCACCGAGAAGGGGCGCCGCACGAGCUGGGGCGGCCGCUGGCGUGAUAACAAGGACUAGACGCGUCGUUGCAGUCCGUAACGAAAGCGCUAACAGGAGAGUCGAACAGAGGAACGGGAAUUGGAAAGGACCGAGCAGCAGCAGCAUCAUUAUUUCCAUACAGAAGCGAUGCUGCUCGGAACACUGUAGCUGUAGCAUAGGCGUCAUGGAAAAACGGUGUAUCAUGAGUAAGGUGCUUGUCUGCGUGUAUUUUUACGGAUCUGUUGGGCAUCAGGAAUUUCUUGGGAGUCGGUAGAUAUUGAAUCACAGAAUUGUCCACACA